CCGGCGCCUCUAGGAUUCUUCCGUGAUGUCGUGGUUUCGAGGCGCUCCUUUGGCCCAGGGUCCUGGAGAGGAGGGGGACGUUUUUGACGAGGAAGCUGACGAGUCGGUCCUGGUGCAUCGGGAAUGGCGGAGCCACAUGCAGAGACGAGUCAAAGAAGGCUAUAGAGAUGGAAUAGAUGCUGGCAAAGCAGUUACUCUUCAACAAGGUUUCAAUCAAGGUUAUAAGGAAGGUGCAGAAGUCAUUAUAAACUAUGGACAACUCAGAGGAACAUUGAGUGCUUUGCUCUCCUGGUGUCACCUUCAUGAUGAUAGUGCGGCUUUGAUCAGUAAAAUAAAUAAUCUUCUGGAUGCAGUUGGCCAGUGUGAAGAGUAUGUGCUCAGACAUCUGAAAUCAAUCACUCCACAGCCCCAUGUUGUAGAUUUAUUGGACUCCAUUCAGGAUAUGGACCUUUGUCAUAUAACUCCAGCUGAGGAAAAGAUUGAUGAAGCUAAAGAUGAAAGAUUCUAUGAAAAUAAUGCUGAGUUUAACAAAAACUGUAGCAAGAAUCUUAGUGGGGUAGAUUGUUCAUCUUUAAAAUGUUGUAGAACACGGGAGCGUGCACAUUCCGAAAACCCAAGCCUCACUUGGAUUUUAGAACAGACAGCCAGUUUGGUAAAACAGCUGGGAGUAUCAGUAGACAUAUUACAGCACCUCAAACAACUAUAAAAAUUAUCUUCAUUUUAAUAAUGAAAAUAAUAUUCAGAAUGUUCUUAGAACAUUUUGUUUCUGAACAAGCUAACCAAAAUUUGUACUGGUUUCUACAUUGAACACUUCACUUGUAAGGUUAUCCUUCAUGGAAGUUUGAAAUGUCUUCAAAAUUAACACUAUUUAAUAUAAGCCUAUUUUCUUUGUCACUGGUAAUUUUUAUGUGGUUUAAGAUAUGCUCGGGAAUUCCAGUUGUCAUCAUUUUCAAAUUUCUGAUCAAAAUCAAGCAUUUUUGGACUCAUUAUUAGCAGAAAUGAACAAGAAUCAGACUACAGUUAACCCUUGAACAGCACAGGUGUUAGGGAUACCCACCCACCAUGCAGUCAAAAAUCCGCAUAUUACUUAUAGCUGGCCCUCCAUACCUGCAGUUGCGAGUCUCAGAUUCACCCAACCUCAGAUGGUACGGUACUGUAGUAUUUACUACUGAAAAAAAUCCAAGUAUAAGUGGACCCUCAGAGUUCAAACUCUUGUGGUUCAAGCAUCAAAUGUUAUUUUGUAAGGACUUAGCCCUACCUUCUGCUCUUAGCACAUUGUCUUGUGAUUAGGACCUCACUUUAUAAUCAGACCAAAGUUACAAAAAAUUACCUAAUGGCUAAAGUUGUAAAUAGACACACAUAGAUAUAUAUAGAUAUGUAGACAUAUAUAUAUAUUGAAAUUAAGAGGCUAAUAAGUGUAAAGCUGAAAAAAUGUUUAUACUGAUAAUUAAAAUACUAAAAGUUUUAGUUUUUUUAUUGAGGUAUAAUUGAUUUAUAAUGUUUCAGGUAUACAGCAGAGUGAUUCAGUUAUACCUUUAUUUUUCAGAUUUUUUUCCAUUAUAGGUUAUUACAAAAUAUUGAAUAUAGUUCCCUGUGCUAUAUAGUAGGUCCUUUUUGUUUAUUUUAUAUAUAGUAAUGUGUAUAUGUUAAUCCCAAACUUCUAAUUUAUGCCCACCUCCUUUCCCUUUUGGUAACCGUAAGUUUGUUUUCUAUGUCUGUGAGUCUAUGUCUGUUUUGUAAAUAAGUUCAUUUGUAUCAUUUUUUUAGAUUCCACAUAUAAGUGAUAUCAUACCAUAUUUGUUAAAGUUUGUUUCAGUUUUGUGUUUAUUAAAAGUAAGGACACAAUUCCAUGAAAAAUACAGAAAAUACAUUUCAUGCUAAAGUACUUACUUAG